GGCAAUUCUCUCUCGUUCGCUCCUUUCUCUCUCCUUCGCUCCUUUCUCUCUCACGAUAAACUCAAUGGGGUUGUCUAUUUUUAACCUCCUGUUCUUUCCUUUUGGCAGAGUAAUCAGUGUGAGCUGAGCUCUUUCCCUGAAUGAAUCCAAGUAACCCUGGUGGUUGCCUUCUGAAAUGACCAGCAGACACACAACUGUCCAGAGGCUGCCCAAAGUAUAAACUCUGGUUCUAAAGUACCAUGUCCAGCCAAGGAAGUCCUAGUGUGGCGCUUUCUACGACGACAGUCAGUUCAGUUGCUGUGCAGGCUGGGGACUCCAAAAUCGUUAUAGCUGUCAUAAAGUGUGGCAAAUGGGUACAACUUCAACUGGCUGAAUCACAGCCCAAUCUUCUAGAAAUUGGCAGCAGUCAAGAUGAAACCAAAAAACUUCUUCAUGAUCAUGAACUUCUUUUGGCCAAGCUCAAGGCUUUGGAAGAUCGGGUAUGGGAACUCUUGCAGGAAGCAGACAAGACAGCUGAAGAGAACAAGGAUCAGAGUCAGGUCUAUGAUGCCAUGGCCGAGACUCUGGGUGAAGCAUGGGCAGCUCUGGUGUCCAUGCUUGAAAGAAGAACAGAGCUCCUUAGGUUGACUUCUGAAUUUUUUGAAAAUGCCUUAGAGUUUGCUAUUAAAAUAGACCAAGCUGAAGAUUUCCUCCAGAAUACUCAUGAGUUUGAGAGUGCUGAGUCCUUAAAAUCACUUCUUCAGCUUCAUGAACAUCAUACUAAAGAACUCUUGGAACGGUCUUUAGCCCUUUUAAACAAAAGUCAACAACUCACUGACUUCAUAGAAAAAUUCAAAUGUGAAGGACCUAAUGUGAAUCCUGAGUUGACUCAGGGAGCUCAUAGCAGCUGUCUGAAGGUUGACAGCCUUCUUGAACUUCUACAAGACAGGAGAAGACAACUAGACAAGUACUUGAAGCAACAGUGGCAAGAACUGAGUCAAGUUCUGCAGAUAUGUCAGUGGGACCAACAAGAAAACCAGGUUACUUGUUGGUUUCAGAAAACUAUAAGAGAUUUACAGGAACAAAGUCUAGGUUCAUCACUUUCAGACAAUGAGGAUCUAAUUCAUAAGCACGAGGAACUGAUAAUAAAAGCAAAGGAAUGGAAUUCUGCUGUUGAGAAGCUGAAGAGUGAGGCACUGAGAAUUCUGCUGUCAAAGGACUACGUGGAGAAAGAACACCUCCAGCUCUCUCACCAGAAACUCAGUCAGCUUCAAGAAGAAUUUGGUCAACUCAUGGUGGAAAGGAUUAUCUGGUUAAAGAAGGCGAAUGAAUUUUUUAACAGUGCUAACAAGGCAUUUGAUGUACUUGGAAGAGUUGAAGCUUACCUUAAGCUCCUUAAAUCAGAGGGUUUAAGUCUGGCUGUUUUGGCAGUGAGGCAUGAGGAAUUACACAGAAAAAUUAAAGACUGCACAGCUGAUGCUUUGCAAAAGGGACAAACCUUAAUCAGCCAAGUAGACUCCUGCAGCUCUCAGGUGUCCGGCAUCCAUGAGAUGAUGGGGUGCAUUAAGAGACGAGUGGAUCAUCUGACCGAACAGUGUUCAGCGCACAAGGAAUAUGCUCUUAAGAAACAACAACUAACAGCCUCAGUGGAGGGUUACCUACGGAAGGUGGAAAUGUCAAUUCAGAAAAUCAGUCCAGUACUUUCUAAUGCAAUGGAUGUCGGUUCUACCCGUUCUGAAUCAGAGAAGAUUUUGAAUAAAUAUCUGGAACUAGAUAUCCAAGCUAAGGAGACAUCACAUGAAUUAGAAGCAGCUGCAAAAACCAUGAUGGAGAAAAAUGAAUUUGUAUCUGAUGAAAUGGUAUCACUUUCCUCUAAAGCUAGAUGGCUAGCAGAAGAAUUAAACCUAUUUGGCCAAAGCAUUGACUAUAGAUCGCAAGUCCUGCAAACUUACGUGGCAUUUCUGAAGUCAUCAGAGGAGGUAGAGAUGCAAUUUCAGAGCUUAAAAGAAUUUUAUGAAACCGAAAUCCCUCAGAAGGAGCAGGAUGAUGCUAAAGCCAAGCAUUGUUCUGACUCGGCUGAGAAGCAGUGGCAGCUAUUUUUAAAGAAGAGUUUUAUAACACAAGAUCUAGGGCUUGAGUUCCUUAAUUUAAUAAAUAUGGCAAAAGAGAACGAGAUAUUAGAUGUGAAAAAUGAAGUGUACCUCAUGAAGAACACCAUGGAAAACCAGAAAGCAGAACGGGAAGAACUUAGCCUCCUUCGGCUGGCAUGGCAGCUUAAAGCCACGGAAAGCAAGCCUGGAAAACAGCAGUGGGCGGCAUUCAAAGAGCAACUUAAAAAGACUUCUCACAACUUAAAACUUCUUCAGGAAGCACUUAUGCCUGUGUCUGCACUUGACCUCGGAGGGAGCCUCCAGUUCAUUUUAGAUCUACGACAAAAAUGGAAUGACAUGAAGCCUCAGUUCCAGCAAUUGAAUGAUGAGGUUCAGUACAUUAUGAAAGAAUCAGAGGAGUUAACUGGCAAAGGAGCCCCUGUAAAAGAAAAGUCUCAACAACUGAAGGACCUUAUUUACUUCCAUCAAAAACAGAAAGAGAGAAUCCAGGAUUACGAGGAUAUCCUGUACAAGGUGGUCCAGUUCCAUCAAGUCAAGGAAGAGCUGGGACGUCUCAUCAAAUCAAGAGAGCUGGAGUUUGUAGAGCAGCCGAAGGAACUGGGUGAUGCCCAUGAUGUGCAGGUUCACCUCCGGUGCUCUCAGGAAAAGCAAGCCCGUGUAGACCAUCUCCACAGACUGGCCCUUUCCUUAGGAGUUGACAUCAUCUCAUCAGUGCAGCGGCCUCACUGCUCUAAUGUUUCUGCAAAGAACCUACAGCAGCAGCUGGAGCUCCUUGAGGAGGACAGCAUGAAGUGGCGUGCCAAAGCUGAGGAGUAUGAACGGACCCUGUCCCGUAGUGUGGAGUACUGCGCCAUGAGAGACGAGAUAAAUGAGCUCAAAGACUCAUUCAAAGAUAUCAAAAAGAAAUUCAAUAAUUUGAAGUUUAAUUACACUAAGAAAAAUGAAAAAUCUCGGAAUCUUAAGGCGCUUAAAUAUCAAAUUCAGCAAGUUGAUAUGUAUGCUGAAAAAAUGCAGGCUUUGAAAAGGAAAAUGGAAAAAGUUAGUAAUAAAACCUCUGAUUCUUUCUUAAAUUACCCAAGUGAUAAAGUUAAUGUCCUUUUGGAAGUCAUGAAGGAUUUGCAAAAACAUGUGGAUGACUUUGACAAAGUUGUGACAGAUUACAAGAAGAAUUUGGACCUGACUGAGCAUUUCCAGGAGGUGAUAGAAGAGUGUCAUUUUUGGUACGAAGAUGCAAGUGCCACAGUUGUAAGAGUUGGAAAAUAUUCCACAGAGUGCAAGACAAAGGAAGCUGUGAAAAUUCUCCACCAGCAGUUUAAUAAGUUUAUUGCACCCUCAGUGCCACAGCAAGAAGAAAGGAUUCAGGAGGCCACUGACCUUGCUCAGCGCUUAUAUGGUUUGGAAGAAGGACAGAAAUAUAUUGAGAAAAUAGUGACAAAACACAAAGAGGUUCUUGAAUCUGUGACUGAAUUAUGUGAGUCCCUCACAGAGCUCGAAGAAAAACUGAAGCAGGGAGAUGUUUUAAAGAUGAAUCCGAAUUUGGAAGACUUCCAUGAUGAUUACAUUGACUUGCUAAAGGAACCAGCAAAAAAUAAGCAGACAAUAUUCAAUGAAGAAAGGAAUAAGGGGCAGGUGCAGGUGGCAGAUCUUUUGGGCUUCAAUGGAACAGGGGAAGAGCGACUAACACAAGACCUGAAGGUGUCCACUGACAAGGAGGGUGGCGUCCAGGGCCUGCUCCUGCCUGAAGACAUGCUCUCAGGGGAAGAAUAUGAGUGUGUCUCACCUGAUGACAUCUCCUUGCCUCCUCUCCCAGGAAGCCCUGAGUCCCCCCUUGCACCAUCUGACAUGGAGGUGGAAGAGCCUGUCAGCUCCUCCCUCAGCCUUUGCAUAAGCAGCUAUGGGGUGCAGGCUGGGACCAGCAGCCCAGGGGAUGCCCAGGAAUCUGUUCUUCCACCACCUGUUGCCUUUGCGGAUGCAUGCAAUGAUAAGAGAGAAACAUUUUCAAGUCAUUUUGAGAGGCCUUACCUCCAGUUCAAAGCUGAGCCCCCACUAACCUCCAGAGGAUUCAUGGAAAAGAGUACUGCCUUACACAGAAUCAGUGCUGAACAUCCAGAGAGCAUGAUGAGUGAAGUGCAUGAGAGAGCUUUACAGCAGCACCCUCAGGCUCAGGGCGGUUUGCUAGAAACACGGGAGAAAAUGCAUGCUGAUAAUAACUUCACUAAAACCCAAGAUAGGCUGCAUGCUUCCUCUGAUGCAUUCUCGGGCCUCAGGUUUCAAUCAGGCACCAGCAGGGGCUAUCAGAGGCAAAUGGUUCCUCGAGAAGAGAUUAAAAGCACAUCAGCAAAGAGCAGUGUGGUCAGCCUAGCUGACCAGGCACCUAAUUUCUCCAGGCUCCUGUCUAAUGUAACUGUCAUGGAAGGUUCUCCAGUGACUUUGGAAGUUGAAGUAACAGGAUUUCCAGAGCCUACACUGACAUGGUACAAGAAGGGCCAGAAACUGUCUGCAGAUGGGCACUUACAGGUUUUACAGAAGGAGACAAGGCAUUCGGUGUUCAUUCCAAAGGUAUGCAAGGCAGACGCAGGCCUCUAUGUGGCUCGGGCCCAAAACUCUAGCGGCGCUCUCUCUUCCAAUGUCAUCCUCCACGUGACAGACUACGUUCCUGAGUCUGAUGAUGUCGCUGUAAAUAAUCAUUCCUCAUGUUGCUCUCACGGGUUUGACAUUGGAGGAUAGACGUGCCAUCAACUUUAAAUAGAGUUUCCAUAUUUUGUCAGCUCUGCAUGUCAUACGGCAAGAUGGAACACAGGUUGCAAGAAAGAAUCAACGUUAUUCCUGACAUUCUAUUGAUGUAUUUUGAGCAGCAAUGUGUAACCAGGUGUUUCUGCUUCUAAUCUUGAUUCUGCUGAUGACCAUUUUUAUACUUUAUGGCAAAGCAUCUCAUUGCCUCAGUUUCCUGUCUGGAAAAUGAGUUCAUCAUCUACCUCUUGGGCAAUUGAGAGUUUUCAUUUUGUGUCUUUUAAACAUCUGGAAAAUGGAAAACACUGUAUGAGGGCUAAGGAUAAUGAUAUUGUUUAAUGUAAUUUGUCAUCAGACCGGCCUCCUGCUCACUAUUUCUUUUUUUUUAGAUGCUGUUUUUUUAGAAUAUUAAAUUAAAGGAGUGCUGUUAAUAUG